UCAUCCUUCACCCGAAUGGUCUCGAUGAUCUCUCAACAUCCGAUGGUCUCGAUGAACCCUUACUAGGUACCUCUCAUUAAUAUAUGAAGCUGACCUGAUAUUACCGUUGCUUGUUGUUUGUGCCACCUUCCCUACAGGGUCCAAUUGGUUGAAUGCGGCCCAGUCCGGGCCAAUGCGGGCAGCCUUCUAGGUCAACGUGAAGGUAGGAGCAGCCCGAGAAAUAAAAUAAAAACAAACAACAAGCCAAGCAAGAAAGUCUAUACACACCUCACCAUACCUCAGUUCGUAACUAACCCUACAGAAUCAAUUAUGGCAGAUAUCAUCAUCGUUGGUGGCGGCAUCGGCGGCGUCGUGCUUGCCUCAAGACUCCACCAACGUAAGCCGGAGCUGUCCAUCCUCCUCAUUGAGGCAGGGCCCGAUGUCACUGGCAAACCUCACAUCUCUAUCCCCGCCGAGGCUGCCCUCUUGCACUUCUCAGACCUCGACUAUAAAUACAUGACGGUUCCCCAGAAGCACUUGAAAGGCGCGCUAAAAUACAAUUGCGCCAUCAAGGGCCUGUCGGGCGGCACGAUCAUCAACACUGGCGGCUGGAUCCGUGGAGAUAAACUCGACUACGACGAGUGGGCACGUGAAGUUAAGGACGACCGAUGGAGCUACAAUGGCCUGCUCCCUUACUUCAAGCGGUCCGAGAAGCAUUUCGAUCCGAAUGCGGACCCGGAGCAGCACGGCUUUGAUGGCCCCGUCAUCACUGCUUCCGUCAGCUCAUCUGGCCGCAAGUUUCCGCUGCGUGACCACAUCUUGAAGCUGUGGUCUAACCUUGGACUCAAACACAUCCCUGAUGCGAACAACGGCCACCCCCAGGGUAUCACCGACCUAGUCGAAAACUGGAAAGACGGAAAGCGACAGAUUGUCACUGACACAUAUCCUCUGGCCGGAGUGAAGGUGCUCACCGACACCCUGGUGCGUCGCGUCAUCGUCAACGACGAGAAGGUUGCCAUCGGUGUUGAACUAGCUAGCGGGGAGAAGCACCUGGUCAAGGAGGGAGGCCAAGUCGUUGUGUCUGGUGGCGCAUAUGGAACUCCCAAGAUCCUCCAACUUUCUGGUAUCGGAGACCCGGCCCUUCUUUCCCAGCAUGGCAUUACCACCGUCGUAGACCUGCCUGCAGUUGGCACCAACUUGUUUGACCACCUGAUGCUGUUCCGGUACUGGAAGCUGCGACAUCCUGAAAAGGGCCUCUCCAUUGGAUCGCUACUCUUUGGUGGUCCCAACUACGAGAAAGGGGGACCAGUCGACUGGCUCGUCACGGUCCCAAUCCCAACUGCGCCGCUCAUGGCUGCGCUCGAGAAAGACGAAGGCCAGGUGUCUGACGACCAUCCACUGCUCCAGAACCGCAGUCAUCUAGAGAUGAAUCUUCUGUACGCCGCAAUGGCUUCUGAAACCCAAGGACUCGCUGUUCCCAUGGACGGAAACUCCAUCAUGACUUUCUACAUGGGCUGUCUGCCGACUUCGCGAGGUACCGUCACUCUAGGCUCAAGCGACCCUGCAGCGCCUCCCUUUAUCGAUCCCAACUACUACGCCACGGAGGCGGACAAGCAUGUCAUGCGCGAGGGCUUCCGCAUGCACUCGAAGCUCAUGUUUGACACGCCUGAAGGCAAGGAACUUGUCGUCGAGGAACACACUCCUCCCGGUCACGCGGUUGCUGGUCUGGAUGCUUCGGAUGAGCAGAUCGACGAGCGCAUCAAGUUGGGAGGAUCGACGGUGUUCCACCCUGGAGGUACGGCUGCCAUGGGCAAGGUUGUUGAUGCAUCGCUCAAGGUUUACGGCGUGAAGAAUCUUCGCGUUGUAGAUGCCAGUGUGAUUCCGCAACCGAUUGCUUCGCACUACCAGGUCGCCGUCUAUGCGAUCGCUGAGCAGGCCGUCGACAUCAUUUUGGGCGAGCUCUGAAGUACCCCAGUGGAGUACUAUCAAGUGUGAUUAUGGAGAAACGUGAGGUGACAUCUGUCGCGCUCGCACCACUGAUGCUAGUUUCUUGUUAGCUGCCGGCGUAUUCCAAUUUAGGACUGGCUACUUUUACUACCAUUUUUCGGCUUCGCGACAACGCAGAAGCAGCUGCUAGUUUCUUGUCCCCUGUUUCUAUUUCUAUAGCAUCCUAUAUAGAAUCGUACUCUUUUUUUUAUUAGCUAGCCCUUAGUGGGAUGAUAGUAUCAACUUAAAAUCUCCACCUCGAUUAAUAUUCGAC